AUGAGACGGGACUAUUUGCGACGUAUAUACCCGUUGAACCUUGUCGUCGGAGGAGCAGCAUCGGAGCAGCAGCAGCGGCGUCGGAGCAGCGGAGGAGGAGCAGUGUCGUCGGAGGAGCAGCAUCGGAGCAGCAGCAGCGGCGUCGGAGCAGCGGAGGAGGAGCAGUGUCGUCGGAGGAGCAGCAUCGGAGCAGCAGCAGCGGCGUCGGAGCAGCGGAGGAGGAGCAGUGUCGUCGGAGGAGCAGCAUCGGAGCAGCAGCAGCGGCGUCGGAGCAGCGGAGGAGGAGCAGUGUCGUCGGAGGAGCAGCAUCGGAGCAGCAGCAGCGGCGUCGGAGCAGCGGAGGAGGAGCAGUGUCGUCGGAGGAGCAGCAUCGGAGCAGCAGCAGCGGCGUCGGAGCAGCGGAGGAGGAGCAGUGUCGUCGGAGGAGCAGCAUCGGAGCAGCAGCAGCGGCGUCGGAGCAGCGGAGGAGGAGCAGUGUCGUCGGAGGAGCAGCAUCGGAGCAGCAGCAGCGGCGUCGGAGCAGCGGAGGAGGAGCAGUGUCGUCGGAGGAGCAGCAUCGGAGCAGCAGCAGCGGCGUCGGAGCAGCGGAGGAGGAGCAGUGUCGUCGGAGGAGCAGCAUCGGAGCAGCAGCAGCGGCGUCGGAGCAGCGGAGGAGGAGCAGUGUCGUCGGAGGAGCAGCAUCGGAGCAGCAGCAGCGGCGUCGGAGCAGCGGAGGAGGAGCAGUGUCGUCGGAGGAGCAGCAUCGGAGCAGCAGCAGCGGCGUCGGAGCAGCGGAGGAGGAGCAGUGUCGUCGGAGGAGCAGCAUCGGAGGCGGAGGAGUAG